AUGGGGAUCUUUGAGCGUAACCCUACCACAAUCAAGAACUAUGGCAUCUGGCUGCGUUACCAGAGCAGGACUGGUUACCACAACAUGUACAAGGAGUAUCGUGAUACCACCCUGAAUGGUGCCGUGGAGCAGAUGUACAAUGAGAUGGCUUCCCGUCACCGCGUGAGGUCACCGUGCAUCCAGAUCAUCAAGAUGGCAACAGUUGACUUCAAGCUCUGCAAGAGGGACAACACCAAGCAGUUCCACAAUUCAAAUAUUAAGUUUCCUUUGGUUAACCGCAAAGUCAGGCCUCCAACCAGGAAGCUGAAGACCACCUUCAGGGCUUCAAGGCCCAACUUGUUCAUGUGA